CAAUUUUAUACAAUACUGUGUAAGUGCUUUCAAAUUUACUUAACAAUACCAAUACUAUUAUAUUAGUGUUCAAGGAUAAGGGCAGCUUCUUGGAAAGCAUUUCCAAUUUACUUUUUCCCCACUAUAUAAUGCAUCACAUAGAACAACUCAAACAUAAACAAACCCUUUCAAAUAAUAGAUUUUUAGCCUUGGUUUCCUCUCUCUUUCUCUAGCUACAAAUACAUAACAAAAAGCAAUCCUUGCUAGUAUCAAUUUUUCAAUGGAUCCAUCCUAUGUAAACUUCAGCUGCGAACUGAGAAUAAUACAAGCUCGAAACAUCGAAUUCAUCAAGCCAACGAAAAACUUGUUUACAAGGUUGUAUCUUCCUACGGGAAACAACAAAAGUAUUCAACUCAAUAGCAAAACUGUUUCCACCAAAUCAUUGCCGUUUUGGGACGAGUCUUUUAAUCUAGAUUGUUCUUGCCCUCAAGAAUUCUUGGAAAACCUUAAUGAACAAAACCUGGUGUUGGAGCUAAGGCAAAGGAAGAUGUGGGGGUCAAAACUUAUUGGGAAAAGUGAGAUUCCAUGGAAAGUGAUUCUUGAAUCACAAAAUAUGGAGUUAAAAAAAUGGUUGAAAAUGGAUUUAGUAAGUGGAAGUGAUUGCAAAGAGGGUAUGUUCACAAUACCAGAAGUGGAACUGGAGAUUAAAGUUAGAGUUGCUUCGGUUGCUGAGAUGGAGAAACAAAAUAAGAGGAGAUUGAAUAAUUGGAAUGAGUGUGGAUGCAAAAAUGGACAUGAUCAUCAAACUUGGUGCAAAACUGAAGAUUAUGAUAUAUUUGCACUUGGUGCAGCUUUAGAAGCUUUUUGAUUUUGAUGCAAGAUCAUGUGAUGUAUAUAUAUACACUAACAUCAACUAAAAUAGCUUAUCAUUAUAAUGAAAUUAUUUUUUGACAAUUAUAAUAAUGAAUUGAUUCUA